AUGAAAGCGCUCAAGUUGCUCUAUGCGUGGACCACGUUCACGACCGUAUCCUGCGCCCUCUUUGCUGUGUACAUGGCGUUCGUGGGUCGGCAGGUAUACCGGAUCAUGUCACCGACGUUCUCCGACAGCCCGAACACGUUGGAUCCGCUGUGGGGACCCAGCCAGCCGCUGGACGUGACGCUCUACGUGUCCUGUCGUCCACAAUGGGACGCGGCCAGCGACUUUACAGCGAACACCGUGCGCAUUGGAGCGAUCGAGGCGCUCACUUUUGAUUGGUCGAGCUCGAACACGCGACAGCUGGAUCUCAAUCUCUCGCGCGCGACGCUGACGCACUUUGCGAGCGACUCUGGACUGGCCAACGACGUGUGGAACGCGCUCAAGGGCAACGCGUCCGUGUUCCUGCACGUCCACGUGACACACGCGGGGUUCUCCCCUAACCCGAUGGGCGCCCUGCCCUACGAUCAGUACCGGACCUUCCACCAGGCCUUGCGUCUCGUCCACUACGCUCCGAGUCUGAAGACGAAGAAGACGAACCUGUUACUGGCUUCCAAGCCACUGCAGAACCGCUCGCAGACGACGAGAGACGACGAUGACGAGGCAACGACCACUUCGUACUGGAAACCGACGGUGAGCAUGCGCCUUGUCACGGACUUUCGACGAUAUCCCGUAGCGGAGCUGCCGCUGCUCGUGUACCAGAACUUGCGCUUUGUCCAGCACCCGAUGGAUCAGCGGUGGCGCUAUUUGCCAGCGCUGUACGUGGACGAUCUGUCGCAGACGCAGGACAAACUCGUGCCACUGAACGCCUCGCUCGAUGACGGAAGUGGAGGAGACGCGGUGCUUCCGCUGCACCUGCUUUGGUCGCCGCUCUCGUUUGCUCGUUGGCAUAUGCAGCUCACAUUUGCCAGCGUCUUUGUAUCACAGGAGCAACUAGGUAUGCCGUCAAGCGAUCUGGAUGCUCUUCGUUCGAUGGUGACCGACACGCACCCUGUGCUUCUGGCGGUCACCAUGGCUGUGUCGUUGCUGCACUUACUCUUCGACUGGCUCGCCUUUCGUCACGACGUGAGCUACUGGCGCGCUAAAGGAGACGACGUCGUUGGUGUGUCUCUGCGUGCCAUGGCAGCGGAAUUGGCGUCGCAGCUUGUAGUGCUUUUGUACCUUGUCGACAACGAGUCGACGUUGCUCGUUACGGGCCCGCAGCUUGUCAGCGUGGUCCUGCUUGUUUGGAAAGUCACGAAGGUGAAACGGGCGCAGCGGCAGCAGCUGGAGCACGAGUUUUGUGCUGAUUUUGGUGAGGACGAAGCUCAGAUGACGCACAAGCAACACAGUCUUCGGUUGCUAAAAGAGACGCAGCACGCUGACUCAUUGGCUACGUCACACAUGCUGUUCAUACUUGCGCCUCUAACUGCGGGAUACGCCGUGUACUCGCUGCUGUAUGUCCCACACGCUGGGUGGUAUGCCUGGUUGCUCGAGUCCAUUACGACGACGGUGUAUGCGCUGGGCUUUAUCUUUAUGCUCCCGCAGCUAGUCAUCAACUACCGUCUCAAGUCGGUCGCGCAUUUACAGUGGCGACUGCUCGUCUACCGUGCGCUGAACACCUUCAUUGACGACUUGUUCGCCUUUGUGAUCAAGAUGCCGACACUGCAUCGGAUCUCGUGCUUUCGUGACGACAUUGUCUUCGUCGUGUAUCUGUACCAGCGUUGGGUGUACCCUGUUGAUGUCCAGCGACCGGGAGACGUUGCCGAUGGUGCUUCUAGCCUGAAGAAAGACGCCUUGAAUAAGCCUCACGAUGAAUAA